GGGGGGGGCAAGCGCAUUAACGCUACUACCGCCUCCGUUGCUUUAACUCCUCCGCCUCUAUCACCCUCACCUAUCCGGCGUCCGUCUCGAAGGUAGCUGCUGGCAUUAACUUGCCGCGCGGGUAGGCCGAGGAGGAGGAGGAGAGAUGUGGAUUGAUCUGAACACCGUGGAGGAGGACGGGGAGGAGGCUCUGCCGGCCGCCGCGGCGGGGGCGGUGUGCAGGGAGCUGUGGCACGCAUGCGCGGGGGCAGGGGUGGCGCUGCCGCGGCGGGGGAGCGCCGUGGUGUACCUGCCGCAGGGGCACCUCGCGGCUGGCGGCGGGGAGGUACCGGCCGGGGCGGCGCGCGUGCCGCCGCACGUGGCGUGCCGCGUCGUCGACGUCGAGCUUUGCGCGGAUGCGGCGACGGACGAGGUGUACGCGCGGCUCGCUCUGGUGGCGGAGGGCAAGAUGUUUGGGCAAAACAUCCAUAAGGGUGAAACUGAAGAGAGGAACAGCGAGAUGGAGGAUGGCGAUGGAGAAAAGAAGCCACAGACGCCACACAUGUUCUGCAAGACACUCACAGCCUCUGAUACAAGCACACAUGGAGGAUUCUCUGUUCCUAGGCGAGCUGCGGAGGACUGCUUUCCACCUUUGGACUACGAGCAGCUCAGGCCUUCUCAAGAGCUCGUUGCCAAGGAUUUACAUGGCAUGAAAUGGAGGUUCCGGCAUAUUUAUAGAGGUCAACCACGUAGGCAUCUUCUCACAACUGGAUGGAGUUCAUUUAUCAAUAAGAAGAAACUAGUCUCAGGGGAUGCCGUCUUGUUUCUUCGAGGUAAUGAUGGUGAGCUAAGAUUGGGUGUGAGAAGAGCAGUUCAACUUAGAAAUGAAGCUCUUCUUGAAGCUGUCAGCAGUACUGAUACAAGGCUACAGACACUGUCGUCUGUGGCCAGUUCCUUGGAUAAUAGAAGUAUAUUUCAUAUCUGUUUCAACCCAAGGAUUGGUGCAUCAGAAUUUAUUGUGCCAUAUUGCAAAUUCUUGAAGAGCUUGAACUAUCCUUUUUCCAUUGGAAUGAGGUUUAAAGUUUGUUGCGAGAAUGAAGAUGCUAAUGAGAGGUCUUCUGGAUUGAUCUCAGGUAUUAAUGAAGUUGAUCCCAUACGAUGGCCUGGAUCAAAAUGGAGAUGUCUCCUGGUAAAAUGGGAUGGUGAUACUAACUGCAACCACCGAAAUAGAGUAUCUCCGUGGGAUAUCGAGAGAGUUGGCGGCACAAUUUCAGUUACUCAUUUUCUUUCAUCAUCUAUCUCGAAGCGAACAAAAUUGUGCUAUCCUCAAGGCGAUUUGGACGCACCAAUUCUGGACGCAUGUGGUCAUCCGGUCUCCAUGGAAUUGCAAGGUCAAGAAUUGAUGCGAUCCAGGACUCAUUUAGUUGCAUGCUCUCGUCCAUCAGAUGUCACCAAAUUUCAAGCCUGUUAUGGUAGGAGAGUCUCUGCUGGUGUGCGGAAUUGCAAGCUGAAUGCUGCAACAGGUGGGCUCCCACACCGGACCGCCACUGAGUUUAUUUACCAGCCCCUAGGCUUCUGUGAAUCUGUCAGAUUCUCAGAGGUCUUGCAAGGUCAAGAAAUGCCUCAAGUGGCCCCUUCGUCCCAGGGAGCUGCUUUUGACGCUCGCACACAGGAUGGCAGAGUUGGCUCGUUUGAUUAUGCGCAUAGAUCAGCUGCAACUCAAGGAUAUUCUCUCCAGCGGUUUGAUCUGCCUGCAGCAAAAGUGUGUUCGCCCUCUUCUGUUCUUAUGUUUAACCAAACGAUGGUUCCGCAGCCUGAAUUUGAAGGCACGGCCAACCACAAAGAUGCCUAUGGCAGCCGAUGUGCUCCCCUGGAGAUGCAGAGGGACACCAAAAACAGGCCGUCUCUGCAGCCUCAAAUGCCAAGUGGAAUCGGAAGCAGGCAAUUCAACACAAUGGAAGCCUCGACUCUGAGUGUUGCUAAAUCUGGAUCAGCCGACAGGGAGGUUGGCACAGGCAGUUGCCGGCUUUUCGGUUUUUCCUUGACCGAGGAGAUACUGGGAGCAGAGGAAGAUGGUAUGAAGGAAGGGAACUACGAUGCGGAUCAACAAACUCCCCGGGUGCUGGACUUGUUUGGGCACGGUCAAUCUGCACCUAUUGCUCUGCAUGCUCUCUGCGCUGCUCCCUUGGGAAUGUGAUGCUGCUUCAGUAUUAGUGGUCAGCUUUAUGUAGCCUUUGAGUUUAUUUGCCAUUGCUUGCAUGGGAUAGUUUGGACUAUGUGGUUGGGCAAAACCACACCAUAUCCCACGUAGGCUACUAGCUUCUCAUGUUUUAUUUGGUGUUUUUCUUCUAUGGAUUCCAGUGCUAAUCGUAUGCUGAUGCUGCAUAUUAUUGUCUCUUAA